CGGUUCGGAAUCAAAUCAUAGCGGACAGUCGAAGGCAGCGCGUCGACACUUAGCGCGAUAGUCCCUCUCACCGAGAUACAAAAAUUCGCCAAUUUUGCGAUUCCGCGUUCGCUUGAGUUAUUAUUUUGUUUUGUUUUUUUUCGUUUUUUUUGCAUUGGAUUCUGGAAGUUUCCUUCCGUAAAAAAAACAACCAAGUUAAGCGUGUCAACUAAAACUGAAAUUUGUGCGGAAUUCACAGACAACGAUUUUUAUGUAAAUGACGACAGCUGACCGCCCGCUCGACGUCAGCAGGAGCAGCGGAAGCGGCAACAAAACGGCCAGCACAAGGGAUCCAACGCAACCGCCGCUGUCGCCGCCGUCCGUGGAUCGACGUCGUCCGAAAGGAAUCUGGUCGCUGCUAACGCUCGCCUUGGUCAUGAGCCAGCUUCUGCACUUCCCAUGCUCCGGCGGCGGCUGCGGCGUCUCGGCUGCACCCACGCCCGACCCCGCCACCACCUCCACCUCCGCUCCCAGCUUCAUAGUCCCGCUGAAGCACCUGCAGAAGCGCAGCCACUCGGGGGUCACCUUCUGGCUGCGAUUCCAGGAGGAACUGAAGGCCAGCAGAUCGCAUCUGGAGUGGGAGAACACCUGCGGGCACAAUCGCACCGGCCUCAAUCCGAAGCGCAAUCGCCAGGCGAAACGCUGCAAGAAGCGACAAAUGAUCUUACAGAACCUGCAAAUUGAAACCGCUCGGAAUUUGAGGCACGUUCAGUCCGAGGACAAGGCCAGGACCACCACCAAUCCGGACCAACUGGCCACCAACAACUCCAAGGCCCUCGAUAUCAUGAAGAGGCGAAAGUGGACCCUGCACAAAGUCAACUACAAGUUUCUGCCCCGUCUGAAUAACAGCAGUCAGCAGCUCAAUCUGCGACAUGUGCACCGCGACCUGCAGUUCUACGUGGGCGCCUUCAGCUAUCUGCGGCACGCCAAGAUGCACUGGGACUAUGCCAAUUUGCAGGCGGAAAGCGUGCUGUCCGAGGAACUGCUGCGCAUGCGCACUUCCGCGAGGCAGGUGCUCUGCAGCGUGGAGGGGGCCAUCAACCUGACCAAUCUGCUGUACGGCCGCCAGCCGCCGUCGAAGGCCCGUCAGCAGCGCCAGAAAAAGCGGCAGGCCUCGCCGCUGGUGACCUACAAGAUCAUACCGCUGAAGCUGAUGGAGAAGCGGUUGCAGCAGUUCAAAACGCCGCUGGUCGAGCUGCACCACCAGGCGACCUUGGCCGCCAGCGGCGCGGAAGUGGCCCCGCCCCCCGCCACCAACGACCUCCAGGUGGACGCACUCUUCGUCAAAAUGGAGUUCGUCCAGUACCUGAAGAGCAUUCGCAAGAUCCUCGACGGCCAGCGGAAGCAGCUGUGCCAGAAGAAGUCCUUGCAGAUGGUUUCAGGUGGCAAAGUCAAACAGAUCAAAAGCUAAUGAGAAAGAGCUUAAGCUUAUACUUAAUAGCUCACAACCGGUGAAACCUCCAUUCCACGAAAACGAGGCUCAUUCCAUGAAGACAUAAGACAUCCUUAAUUUAUUAAACAUCCUCUAUUUAUUACUCACGCCACCAUACCACCAGUCACGACGAAUCACG